GGUUCUAGCAACACCAAGCGUAAGUAGCACCAACAACCACCUCGCGAGAGAUCCCUCCAUUACAACCCGUUGCGUCGGAAUCACACACGCACCAAAGAAUCAUCCGUCGUCACCAUCACGACGAACACCAACAACUGAAAGACAGCAGCUUUGCGCGCUACCAGAAGCUCCAGGGCUUGUUGCGACAAACCUUAACAACACCAUCUCUACGUACGAAUCGCAACAGCUACUUGCUGCCAGCCCAUCACAAUGGCCACCGAAGUAGCUUUCGCCAAAACCUUCUUGGCUAUCUUGGACACCAAGCCGACCAAGAUCUCGGCCGACCACGUAGAAGACCCUAGGACCUAUCCUGCCAGUACUCCUUUCAUCCUCCCGCACCACCCCUCUCUCCGUCCCUUCCGUAAGCCAUCUUCUCGCCCUGCUCCCGCCCCAGGCUCAACUCCCGCCUCCGCCGCUUCCACCGGCACCAGCACCUCAACCACCCCUGGCGCCGCUACCCCAUCCUCGGGCGACGCCGCCGCAGCAGCAGCAGCAGCAGCAGUGGUAGUCCACAUCCGUUCCGCCCGCAACCCCACCCUCUCCCUCUCCCUCCCGACUCCUCAACCGCUCGCCACCACUUCGAUCCUCGACAUCAAGACGUUCGUAUCCCAAGAGACAGGCAUGCCAGUGGACAAGCUGAAGGUCUUGUUCAACAAGAAACCUGUGGGCGACGUCAAGUCUCUGAAGGAGGUUCUCGCUUCGACUGGUUCUUCAGUAGUACCGGAGGGAGGGGGAGAACUAGAGCUUAGUUUGAUGGUGAUGGGUGGGCAAGCGACGUUUGAUUCAGCAGAGGCGAAAGCGGCGAGGGAGGCUAGGUUGGCUGCGACUGCGAAUACAACAAAGCCCGAAGUGUCGGAGUCGCCCGAGGUGGAGAUGAAGGAUGUUACACAGGAAAGUGGAAGUACAGAGGCAGCGGCAGCAGGACCAGUAGCGCAAGGACUCAGUGGUCCGGCGGUGCUGGAGACGGAAGAGUUCUGGGAGGAUCUGAAGGGGUAUUUGCAGCAACGGAUAAGGGACGAGAAGACGGCGGAGGAGGUGGUCGGUAGGUUUAGGGGGGCUUGGAGUGGGAAGUAAGUAGUAGUUGUAGUAGUAGAUCCUUUGGGUUGGUUACAGUCAGUCUGCCACGGCAUCAGUAUUAAUAAGUUCGAGGGAGAAGAGACGUGAAAUGACGAGAAGCCGUGGAUAAUUCAAGAGGAGUGAUGAAUGGCUCGAAGGAUGUCCUAGGAGUGCUGGUGAGGUAGGACGCUGUAAAGUGAAUUGUUGAAUUGCUGUCGAGGAUUGGUUAGGAUUACUAGCAAAUAAUUACUCUUUUACCGACA